UUUGAGAAAAUAAUUUUGGCAAAGAAGUGGAGUCGAGUCGAUCGAGUAGAGUUUGGAGCGAAGGAACACCAUACAGCUAUUUCCAGAAGCUCAAUUCGGAUCGUGAGAAUGGGCGAUCGCUAUAACAUCCACAGUCAACUUGAGCAUCUGCAGUCUAAGUAUGCUGGUACUGGACACGGCGACACAUCCAAGUUUGAGUGGAUGGUGAACCAGCAUCGUGACUCUCAUUCCUCCUACAUCGGUCACGAGAACCUACUCAGCUUCUUUGCCAUCGCUGAGAAUGAGUGCAAGGCACGUGUCAAGUUCAACCUUCUACAGAAAAUGCUUCAACCCUGCGGCCCACCUCCGGAACGACAAGAUGAGUGAUCUUGUUCACUGUAUCUUCUAGAACUGUCAUUGUGCCGAUUUGUAAAAAUGCUGUUGUAAAUACUCGCUUGCUGGCUCCUUGUUUCCAUUGUCCUGCCCCGCUACCUGCCUGCCCGGUGCACAUCUGUGUUGCAUUGUAAUUGUAUUUUUUCCCUAUAAUAUAUAUAUAUGCUGGUCAUUCAGUCAGUGUUGUUGGUAUGUCUGCGUGCUUGUAUAUAACUCCAGGCCUGCUGACUGCCCUUUAUAGCUCCUCUGUACAUGCUCUUAGGUCCCUGCCGAUAUCUGUGAUAUUGUGUGUGUGUGCGUGUGUGUAUAUGUUUCUUUUUUCUAAGUUUACUGCCUGCGUGUUGAUCAUGCUGGCCGAGCCUCUGAGUUGAUUUAGUCCGUGACUUGGCGUGCGUGUGUGGGUGUGUACGUGUGCACGCUGCCCCGUGUUUGUGUGUACUCGUAUGCAUGCAUAUGGAUCAAUAACCUGGUCCUGGCUAGGUGUAGAGCUGCCGCUUUCUACUCCCUUUUCGCUCACUGCCUGUCUCUGCAAGUGGUUGUCAAGAUGAUCACGGGCUAUCUUUAUUUACUGUUGAUUGAGUCGCUGCAUUUGUGCUUUAGAAAAUAAAUGCGACCUUGUCCACGUUCACCGGUA